GUUGAUAAGUUCCCUUGCUUAGAGCGAUGGGAAGCAUCAAGUACAGAGAUUAAUGAUCUAUUCACUGGUAGUCUUAUUUACAUUGCUGGCCUGUUUUCUAAUGAUAUGGGAAUCAUGUGUUUCUACAGCUACCAGAUGAAAGUAGUGAAAAAUAUUACCGUCGAUGCGUUUCAAGGCCGUGACGAUACUCGACCUAACCCGGUAUCCAUUUUGCUAUCAGACGAGAGAAGAUUGAACGUGGCGCUGACUCGGGCUAGGAAGAAGCUAAUAAUCAUUGGAAACAAGUGUGAUUUAUCAGAUUCCUACGAACCUAUAAAACGGUUGAGUCGGUGCUUAGGCGACGAACAGUGUGUUCUGGUCAAGCAGGAAAACGUUGUUCACUCGGCCGAGCGACUGUCCCAGAAUCGCCAUUCGAGCCUAGAUCAGGUGAUUCGCUUUCAUUCCUUCCUUCUAAGGUUGAUAAAUGAAUAUAGACGUUGUGGCAUGGAAUCAGGAGACUACAUUAUGUGCUUGCCACAUUAUGUUGCUUUCGACUUUACCAUUAAAAUAAGGCACUCCUGCCAUAGAACGGAAACAGCUGAAUGUUGCACCAUUAACUUUAUGAAAAGAGGGGUGUCAGAAACGGCCCCAUUAUGA